GCCAGGCAGCUUAACUGGAACCAUGGAGCACACUAGAUUGCGUCGUUCACUUUUCAAAUUCCCAGUACCCCCACCCGGAUAAUUGUCGGUUGCUUUGCUCAGAAUCCUCGCAGGAAAACUCCAUGGUAGCAGCGUGUCCUGCUGGUUAAAGAGGGUUCAACAUUCUGCAAAUACCUGCCUCAACGAAUUGACUCCCAAUUCUAACGACAAACAUGACCUCUGCAGAAGUCGCAAACAAGUUACCAAACGACUUCAUAUGGGGGUUCGCUACUGCGAGUUUCCAGAUCGAAGGAUCCACCAAUGUUGAGGGACGCGGAAAGUCUAUUUGGGACGACUUCUCGAAGCAACCUGGAAAGACAAUGGACGGUAAAGACGGUGAUGUGGCUACCGAUUCAUAUAGGCUCUGGAGGGAGGACAUUGCCCUGCUUUCCAAGUACGGUGUCAAAUCUUACCGCUUUUCCUUAUCCUGGUCUCGCAUCAUCCCUCUCGGUGGCCGCAACGACCCCGUCAAUCCCGAGGGCAUAGCGUUCUACUCCAAUUUCAUCGAUGCCCUGCUGGAAAAUGGUAUCAUCCCAUUUGUCACCUUGUACCACUGGGACCUUCCCCAGGUCCUGCACGACAGAUACGGCGGGUGGUUGAACAAGAACGAGGUCGUACAGGACUACGUCCGCUAUGCCCAGGUCUGCUUCCGGGCUUUCGGAGACAGAGUAAAACACUGGCUGACAAUGAACGAGCCAUGGUGCAUCUCAAUUCUGGGGUAUGGAAGGGGCGUCUUCGCGCCAGGACGAUCAAGUGAUCGAGACAGAUCACCCGAGGGCGACUCCUCCACUGAACCGUGGAUAGUUGGCCACAGCGUCAUUUUAUCGCACGCAUACGCUGUCAAAAUUUACCGCGAGGAGUUCAAGGCUGCACAGGGUGGCCAGAUCGGAAUCACCCUCAAUGGUGACUGGGCCAUGCCAUACGAUGACAAUCCAAAGAAUGUGGAAGCGGCCCAGCAUGCCCUUGACGUAGCUAUCGGAUGGUUCGCUGACCCAAUCUACCUCGGUCAUUACCCGGACUACAUGAAACAGAUGCUCCGAGAACGUCUGCCGGAAUUUACACCGGCAGAAUUGGCAGUCGUCAAAGGAUCCUCUGAUUUCUAUGGCAUGAACACCUACACCACCAACUUGUGCAGAGACGGUGGCGAUGAUGAAUUCCAAGGGUUGGUCGAGUACACUUUCAUCCGUCCCGACGGCACUCAGUUGGGUACCCAAGCACAUUGUGCCUGGUUGCAGGAUUAUCCUCAAGGUUUUCGCCAUCUGCUUAAUUAUAUUUGGAAGAGAUACAUGCUACCUAUCUACGUCACCGAAAAUGGUUUUGCCGUCAAGGACGAGCAUUUGAAGCCGAUUGAGGAGGCGUUGCAGGAUAAGGACCGUGUGAACUACUUCAAGGGUGUCACCGCUUCUCUCAAGGCCGCUGUGCUUGAGGAUGGUGUAGACGUCAGGGCCUAUUUCCCGUGGAGCUUCGUGGAUAACUUCGAGUGGGCGGAUGGAUACAUCACGCGGUUUGGCGUGACAUAUGUCGACUAUGAGACCCAGCAGCGGUAUCCCAAAAAUUCUGCGAAAUUCCUUGUCAAGUGGUUUGGAGAGAACAUCGAGGCGGGGGAUAAGAAACCGCAAUAGAGUGACUGUUGUUCUCGACUGUUCUCGACCACCCGAGUCAUUGGAGGACUGGGGGAUCAAUUGUU